CCAUUAAAUAUAAUGUUAGCUGUGGAUUUUUUAUAGAUAUGCUUUAUAAAUUUGAGAUAGUCUCCCUCUAUUCCUAUUUUUCUGAGAGUUUGUAUCAUGACUGGGUGUAGACAUUUGUCAUAUGCUUUUUUUGUUUGUUUGUUUUUUGCAUUGAUUAUGCAUUGAUAUCAGUGAUUAUGUGAUUUUUCUUCUUUAGCUUUUUAUUGUGGCAGAUUACACUGAUUACUUUUCAAAUAUUGAACUAGCUUUGCUUCCUUGGAAGAAACCCCAGUUGGUCAUGACAUAUAAUUCUUUGUAUGUAUUGCUGAAUUCUGUUUGCUAAUAUUUUAAGGAUGUUUAUACCCGUAUUCAUAAGGCAUAUAGGUCUGUAGUCUUGGAAGAUUCUGUCCCACAUAACAAGCCUGGCCAGGUCCUAACUUGAAUGCCCUUCGUGGCAAGGUAGGGGUACCAAUCACUAUAGCUGAAACUGGGAACAGAUUUCAUACCACCUUUUCUAAUUGGAGACUCAUUAUAGGGAAAACUACCCAUAGGGUACAGUUGACAUAAUGAGCCUGGAGGGCCGCCCCCCCAAGUAAUUGAGAUUAGUUUUGGAGUGAUUGCCACUAUUGGCCUGCUUGUUUGUUACCCAGAGCUUGCUCACGGUGUUUUUAAAAAUACCUGCAGGUCUAAGAUGCAAAUAACAGUGUUUUAGGGAAGAGGAAAGUUAAUACUGACUUCCACAAAAAAAUCACAGGCCCACGGGUGCACAUGGUGUCCUUGGAAAGAAAUUGCUUUACAGUUUAUGACUGGGACCCACGUGGCUCACAGGGCACAAGGCGUCAAGACUUCCAGUAUAAUCUUCGGCCAUCUGUCCUGUUUGUUCAGGUCAUUACUGGGAAAUGGCUGCGAGAGGAAGGUCCUUUUCUGGGGGCAGCCACGUUCGGAGCAGACCGCCGUGCCACCAUAUGUGCUCCUGGGGGUUGUGCAGCUUCUGGCAGGAGUCCCAAGUCUGGCGGAGGCCCUGCCUUGGACGUAGAGUUCUUCUUGUUGUGCCCAUGCCUGAGGACAGACCAAGACGGCAUCCGUGUGUGGAGCUGGAACUUACAACCCUGAGAUCAAGAGUCACCUGCUCUGCCGACUGAACCAGCUGGGGCCCCGUACUGGAAUAGCUCCACAUGGCUUCCAAAGACGUGACCGUUACAGUUCGCCUCAUUCGUUCAUUCGAGCAUCGCAAUUUCAAGCCUAUAGUAUAUCACGGAGUUGAUUUGGACCAAACUACAAAGGAAUUCAUAGUAUUUCUAAAGCAAGAUAUUCCUUUAAGGACCAGCCUGCCACCACCAUUCAGAAAUCAUAAAUAUGAUAAAUUAAAGAUUGUUCAUCAGGCACAUAAAGCAAAGACCAAUGAGCUUGUGUUGAGCCUGGAAGACGACGACACGCUCAUGCUGGAAGAAGACUGCACGCUGCGAGCUGCGGGAAUUGCUCAUGAAACUGAAAUUGCAUUCUUCUGUGAAGAAGAUUAUAAGAACUACAAAGCUAAUCCCAUUUCAUCCUGGUGAAAACCUCUUGGGGGCUCUCUUUUUGCAUACCUGUAUUAAGCUCUUUAUUCCACUAGUGAGUUUUGGAAAUUGACAAAUAAACUUAAAAAUUAAUCUCA